CUGUGCUCUCCCCACACUCAUGCAAACACUCGCUGUGAUACUCAGCGAGUAUCAGUCACUCAGUGAUCAGAACUGAGUGACUGAGACAGGAGCAGAGCUAUGGACACCUCAGCUUCUGCUGCUGUAUCUGAGGAGCUCAGCUGCUCCAUCUGCCUGGGUGCAUUCCACUGCCCUUCCACACUGAGCUGCGGCCACUCGUUCUGCCUGCGGUGCCUGGAGGACGCGUGGCAGGCGGCCGGGCGCUGCUUCUGCCCCCAGUGCCGAGCCGAGUUCGAGCAGAAGCCGCAGCUGAGAAGGAACGUGGCGCUCGCCAACCUCGUGGAGGAGCUCAGCGUGGUGGAGAAAGAGGCUCUGCAGAUUUCCUGUGACUGCUGUCUGGACGGUAAAGUAUCCGCUGUGAGAAGCUGCCUGACGUGUGCGGCGUCCGUCGGUGAGUUCCAUUGUAAGCGUCACCUGCAGAACGCGAGAUUCAAGAAACAUGAGCUGGUGGAGCUGGGUGUCAGCACGGAAGGUCGCAAGUGCAAGAAGCACAACAAGCGUCUCGCGUUCUACUACACGCAGGACGAAAGCCUGGUCUGCACGAGCUGCGCCAUCGUGGGGGGGCACGCGGGACACAAGUUCAGCAGCGUGGAGGAAGAGCACGAGGCAUGGAAGGAGUCUCUGCGUGGGACCAAGGAGCGGAUCAGCCGAGAGUUUGAGCGCCGGAGGGAGCAGUUGGGGGAGGAGGAGAGGGAGGCGCUGGAGCGCGUGGACGAGGAGGGCCGCUCCGUGGUGUCCAGAAUCCAGGCGGACAUCGCUCGCUACGAGAGCAAAGCAGGCGGCCUGGAUCAGGAGACCAACCAGCUGCUAGCCACCCUCAACGUGCACGACCCACUCGCCUUACUGCAGCAUCCCGUGCAUGAGACUCUCAGGAACUCGGACUUGCAGGGGAUCCAAGAUGCCCCUCCUCCCACAUUCAGUCACCAAGAGCUCACGGGGGUCAUCUCGAUAGGAGGAGUGAAGACGAAGCUCAUGGGUCUCGUGUGUUCUCCGGCUUCCUCCCCCACGAAGCCAGCAUCUCAUCAAUGGGAUUCAUGGCCUCGCAUCCCAAUGUGGCAGGAUCCUCCUGCAGGACAUGUCAUCAUACUCAGCGAGACCCUCCUCGAUGAAGACGCGAAUGAAGAAGUCAAACAUGAAUUUGACAAAAGCGAAGGCGAGAACGAAGGAGGGAAACCUGAAGCGGGAUGGAAUUUUAUGGCGCUGAUUGUCGUGAUAGCGUUAAUUUGCCUGGUUAUAAUCAUAACAACCAAGAUGUCCUGAUGUUUAAGAUUACUUGAAGAAAAAUGAGAAGGAAGAGAAAAUGUGUUUCUAAUAACCUAUUAUUAUUACCAUUUAUAUACCAUAUUUUCCCGCAUAUACAGUGAGGGAAAAAAAGUAUUUGAUCCCCUGCUGAUUUUGUACGUUUGCCCACUGACAAAGAAAUUAUCAGUCUAGAAUUUUAAUGGUAGGUUUACUUCAACAGUGAGAGACAGAAUACCAACAAAAAAAUCCAGAAAAACACAUGUCAAAAAUGUAAUAAAUUGAUUUGCAUUUUAAUGAGGGAAAUAAGUAUUUGACCCCUCUGCAAAACCUGACUUAGUACUUGGUGGCAAAACCCUGGUUGGCAAUCAGAGGUCAGACGUUUCUUGUGGUUGGCCACCAGGUUUGCAAACAUCUCGGGAGGGAUUUUAUCCCACUCCCCUUUGCAGAUCUUCUCCAAGUCAUUAAGGUUUCGAGGCUGACGUUUGGCAACUCGAAGCUUCAGCUCCCUCCACAGAUUUUCUAUGGAAUUAAGGUCUGGAAACUGGCUAGGCCACUCCAGGACCUUAAUGUGCUUCUUCUUGAGCCACUCCUUUGUUGCCUUGGCCGUGUGUUUUGGGUCAUUGUCAUGCUGGGAUACCCAUCCACGACCCAUUUGCAAUGCCCUGGCUGAGGGAAGGAGGUUCUCACCCAAGAUUUGACGGUACAUGGCCCCGUCCAUCAUCCCUUUGAUGCGGGGAAGUUGUCCUGUACCCUUAGCAGAAAAACACCCCCAUGUUUGACGGUGGAGAUGGUGUUCUUGGGGUCAUAGGCAGCAUUCCUCCUCCUCCAAACACGGCGAGUUGAUUUGAUGCCAAAGAGCUCCAUUUUGGUCUCAUCUGACCACAAUACUUUCACCCAGUUGUCCUCUGAAUCAUUCAGAUGUUCAUUGGCAAACUUCAGACGGGCAUGUGUAUGUGCUUUCUUGAGCAGGGGGAUCUUGCGAGCGCUGCAGGAUUUCAGUCCUUCACGGCGUAGUGUUACCAACUGUUUUCUUGGUGACUAUGGUCCCAGCUGGCUUGAGAUCAUUGACAAGAUCCUCCCGUGUAGUUAUGGGCUGAUUCCUCACCGUUCUCAUGAUCAUUUCAACUCCACGAGGUGAGAUCUUGCAUGGAACCCCAGGCCAAGGGAGAUUGACAGUUCUUUUGUGUUUCUUCCAUUUGCGAAUAAUCGCACCAACUGUUGUCACCUUCUCACCAAGCUGCUUGGCGAUGGUCUUGUAGCCCAUUCCAGCCUUGUGUAGGUCUAAAUCUUGUUCCUGACAUCCUUGGAGAGCUCUUUGGUCUUGGCCAUGGUGGAGAGUUUGGAAUCUGAUUGAUUGAUUGCUUCUGUGAACAGGUGUCUUUUAUACAUGUGUAAUAAAGAACUCGGACGCUCCCUCUGUCUCCGUGUCCUUUAUUUGGGUUCUUAUGCUUUUCCCUCACGGCACUCCCUUAGAUAUUCUUCGUUCGGCAGCCCCAGGCUGCUGUCGCUCACGUAGCCCACUUUCUCUCCUAGCAGCCCCGCUGCUGAACUCCUUCUCUCCUAGCAGCCCCGCUGCUGAACUCCUCGUGCAGACCCCCGCUGCCCAACUCCUCUAUUGCAGACCCGCUGCCCUCUGCAGCCUCCUCGCUGCUCCUGCUGCCCCGGGGUCGGUCACCGUUGGCCGACGGAGCCGAACCUCGGGGUCCGUGUAUGUGGCGAUCUCGCCACUCUCUCUCUCACCCUCCGCCCUGCGUGGCCUCACUCUUUCCCAGUCUCCGAUCACUCUCCCUCCUCUUCCGGUUUCUCCCCCUAUAGACCUGAACCCCCUCCCCCACGUGACGUAACUCCUCCCCCCAUGACGUCACUUCCGGGAGGUCGUUUACGCCCGCAUUACACAGGUAACAAACUGAGAUUAGGAGCACUCCC